GCGCAGCCAGCCUCGGCACGAGACGAAGACGAUGAAUAGAACGUGCGCUCGCCUCGAGGCGACACCUGUCAAGCCGUUACUAAACAGAGUUGGUUUAUUUUAAAAGACUGAGGCGCCCUGAAGACUUGCGGGAUAAACCGAGUUGGAAAUAGAGAUUAGUCGCACCUUUUUGCAGCGGUUUUGCGCUCAGGGAGAGACACGGAUCGAGCCCUUUGAGGAGAGAGAAAAGGUUGCAUGUAGCGGUAACGUUAUGACAAGCCGUUUAGGAGUUGAAGUAGUGAAGUUGACGUAGGUCAGAGGCGAGCUAACUGACAGCGAGAACCGGGAGCAAAAAACCGUUGGAGAUUAAAAAAUAAAUAAAUAAACGGGACUUUAUCCGAGGUUAGUCUCUCUCUCUCUCUCUCUCUCUAUCACACACACACGCGCACAUUCGCUCUAAACACAUUAGCCUACAGUGAAACAACAGGGUGGGAGAUAACUAGUGCACAUCGCGGAGCUUCGGUGCGGGCAGAACGAACAUCCUCCCCCGUCCCUCCGCGGCGCCCUUCGCCCGGCUCUAGAGGCUGAUGCUGACCGGGACUUAACGACCCGCGUACAUAGCCUAUCUAUUAAGUUGAGAGGAUGAUUUGACAAGGAUGCCUUGAGGGGAAACGAGCACGAGAGAGGCAGAAAAUGGAUAACAAAGGGUGGUGCUCACUAACACUGAGCCAGCUGUCCUGCUGAAGCAAACACCAGUGAAGUCUACCUUGAGGAUACUAGACGGUGGUCCAUUUCUGCUAACCUGUGGGGGAACUUUUCACACUGAGCCACGUGACAACGCCGCUCAGAGCGGACUACAUACAGUACACACUCAUCGGGCCUUGCUGUUUCUGAAGAGCAUCUGUGUGAACUGAAAAGGAAGCGAUUAAACAUUAGAGAGUGAGGCGGAAACUGAGAGGAGAAAGAAGCAUCUGAACCUAACUCUUACAGCCUGUAUUCUGCACCGGGCCAAACUGUCCAUCACAGCCUCAAACAUACUCAUUACCAUCACUGAACUGUGAAAUGUAUGUUGUUAUAAUCGUUAUAAUACAACUAAUAAUUGUAAGGACUCUUUGCUUGAUUUUUUUGAGCCUUGGAAAUCCCACUUAUUCUCUUCUUGCUGCUCAUUAAUUAAAACCAUUACCUGGUUAUUCAAAGCAAGCGUAGCACGGCACUAUUACUAUUUUUGCAUGACCCACUGCGUAUCCAUUAGUAUCCAGGAUUGCUUUUGACUUCGAAGAAGGACCCUUGAGCCCUCAACCAUCUUCUGACUAUCUGCCCAACUGUAGCAUUUUGGUGUGGUGUGGUGGUUUCAGAAUUAGACCUCUGGACGCUCGAUGAAGAUGACUUGAGUUGGCAGGCCUAAAAGCCCCUUACCCCAGAGAGAUAAAGAGAGAGCGCUUGGCAGUAGGACACACACAACACACAAAUGUGGGUGCCGAAGCGGCUUUGAGCCAUGCUGGUGUUGCUACUCGUGGAGCCCUGGAGUACAGGCUAUCAUCAUCCCUAUCAUCAUUCACCCAAGCUGAGGAAGAUUCAACGGCCCAGAGGAGCGAGGCUACACUUGUGAACGAUUCAAAGACUGGGAAACUGCGCUAACACACAGAGAUCCACAGCUACAUCCGUAAUAACAAAUACAGACACACUAAUACUCCUCUCCACAAAUCUUUGAUACAGGAAAAACAAAGCUGCGGCGGACGUGAAAGGCACAGAGACUGAGCAGGAGCUGUGCACCAACAUGGCAGCUGAGAGUCUUGCUGAGCUUCGUGAUUGGCUCUUUCUGCUCCUCCUGUGCCUCACCUUAUUGGCUGAGGUGCUAGAACUGGCGGCAGCGGCAAUUGCCAUGGAGACGGGCGAGGGAGAUGAGGGCAUUGUUUGUCCCUCAGUGUGCCGCUGUGAUGAGGGUUUUGUCUACUGCAAUGACCGUGGCCUCAGUAUAAUUCCUCCACUACCAUUAAUGGCUGCCAUCCUCUACUUGCAGAGCAACCGGCUGAGUAACGCUGGCCUGCCUCCCUCACUGGAACGCAGCACUUCCAUACGAGUGAUUUACCUGUAUGCCAACCAGUUGGAUGAAUUCCCUUUACACCUCCCGCCUUCUUUACGGGAGCUCCAUUUGCAGGAUAAUAAUAUACGAACGUUACCGAGAUCAGCUCUGGCCAAGUUACCAUUACUAGAACGUUUGCACCUGGAUGAUAACUCUAUAUCCACAGUUAGCAUCCAGGAGCGAGCUUUUUCUGGGACUCCACGACUACGACUGCUGUUUCUGUCUCGGAACCACCUGUCAAGCAUCCCUGCAGGCUUGCCAGCGUCCUUGGAAGAGUUGCGACUGGACGACAACAGAAUCAGCACCAUCCCCACUCAUGCCUUCCGUGGGCUCUCUUCCCUGCGACGCUUGGUCCUGGAUGGGAACCUGUUGGCCAACACACGCAUUGCAGAUGACACCUUUUCCCGUCUCUCCAACCUGACUGAGCUGUCACUGGUCAGGAAUGCCCUACAGUCUCCGCCAGUCUACCUACCUUCGGCUCACCUCGUGCGACUCCAUUUGCAAGACAACGGAAUGACUCACAUACCACGGGGGGCGCUGGAAGGAAUGCGGCGGCUACAGAGGCUGGACCUGUCAGGAAACAAUCUGACCACUCUCCCACGAGGACUUCUAAAAGACACAGAAAGCCUGGAGCUGCUGCUGCUGCGAGGAAACCCCUGGUACUGUGGCUGCAACCUUCGCUGGCUCCACGCAUGGCUGCACAGCCGGGGGGCAGCAGUGACAGUCAGGGGUCUGACCUGUCAGGGGCCCGAGCCUGUAAGGGGCCAGGCCCUCAGAGAACUAACCUCCCUGAUGGAGCAGUGUGAAGGCCCCCCUGCUGGUCCCAGUACUGGAAUGGGGGUCAACCCAGCAGAAAAAGAUGGAGGAGGUGAAGAUAGUGUUGGAGGGGGCCAAGCAGUGGAUUCAGUCCCCCAUGGCAGCAGCACAACUACCUCUCUACUAGUCCCCACACAAGGUUCCCUCUUCACCCUGCGAGCCAAGUGGCCAGGCCUUGUUAUGCCUCUGCCUCCCGGUGAAGGAGGACAAGUAUCUGGAGAGGCACUGGAGCUGUCUGUAAAACCUCUCUCUUCGGACAGUGUAUUGGUGAGUUGGCUGUGCCCACAGCCAGCACCUUCCUUCCGCCUGUCGUGGCUGAGGUUGGGUAGCAGUGCAGCUCUUGGUUCCAUAACAGAGACUCUGGUACCUGGAGAGAGGAGGCAGUACCUCCUUACUCAGCUUACCCCACGCUCCCAUUACCUCAUCUGUCUACUGCCACUACGACAGGAAUCUUCCUUUGGAGGUUCCAGCAUGGGUUUAUCACGAGUUGGCAGCAUGGACACAGACAGUAAAGAAACGUCCCCGGCCUGCGCUCAGAUAGAGACUGGAGAGGCUCUUGUCAGCACAGGAGGGGAGGGGUCAGACAAAGACGGACAGGACUCAGAGCUAACAGUUCUGCCGUUGGCUGGGAUCAUAGGGGGGGCUACAGCAUUAGUAAGCCUGCUGUUAAUCUUUGGCAUCUUCUGCUGGUACGGACAGAGAGCAGGUUAUGUGUCCGGGGACUCAUACAGCAGGGGCCGGGGUGGAAAACCUUACGAUGACUAUGUAGAGUCAGGCACCAAGAAAGACACUUCCAUCUUAGAGAUCAGGGCCCCUCCUGCAGGGUUUCAGAUGACAGCUAUGGCCCAUCAGCCACUGCAGCCUAAGCUUGAGGAUGUCACCUACAUCCACACCAUUUUCCCCUCUUCUUCGUCUUCGUCCCAAGCUAACGGGACCUACCGGAGCAGCCACGGAGCCGGCAGCCUGAAUGGCACCAUCCUCAGCCAAACCAGCCACCAUCAUGUCACUUAUGGUACCAACCGUGGCUACAGAGAGGGUGGCAUCCCCGACAUAGAUUAUGCCUACACGUGAUAAUACAGGGACACACUCCCUGAGCCACGAUUGCCAGGCGCCAUUUCUAUGAUGACGACCUCUUGGCUGGUGGCCAUUUUGUCCUUGGUUUCCAAAGUACCCUCUGUGCCUCUGCUGGUUCAAUUCUGAUUGGUUUGCUAAGUAGAAAAGACUGAUUUCAGCUAUGUUGAUUGGACAUUGCUAUUAAGUGAAAGAAGUAACAGUCCUACUAUAUUCUACUACUGUAUACUACAUUAUACAGUAGGUCCUUCUUUCAGCGCAACUUAUAGUUAUAAAUGGUUACGUUUUCUCUUUUGGAUAUCUCAGUGUCUUUCAAACCUACUGUUCUCAGCUCAUAAUAAUACACAGUAACUUAUUUGAGGUUGAUAUACUAGGCUUAGCUGAUUUAGCAGGAUAUAUAUUUAUAAUAUGAGGAAAAGGCACUUGAUGUGUAUAGAGAUAGCUCUCAUAUCUUCCUACCAACUAUAAGCUCUGUGCUGUAUAGAUAAAAGGGAUGACAUCAAUGGAUAAAUCAAUGGUUGUUAUAACCUACAGAUGACAAUGCAUCAUGGAUGACAUGAAAAGAUGUGUUCCUAGCCCCCUCCUUUUACUCCCCUCCUUUUUAAUUUUUCCUCUUUUCCGCCCCUUUUUUUUGCUGAGGCUCUUUCCUUUUAUUUCUCUCGUGUCUAUUGUGGUGCCGUGAGCAGAGGACGACUUUGUUCUCGCCAAGGGAGCUGACAGCAGUGAUAACAGUUCUGACAGAGACGGGAGACACAAACCACAGCAUGGGGAGACUAAUGAGAGGGAGAGAGACCGAGAGAGAGAGAGUGUGUGUGUG